AUUUUUUUACUUUUCUCUUGCUCACUAAUCAAGAAUAAAUUAGUUAUGCCAGACAGCAUAGUUAGACAUGACUUGAUGAUUUCGAAGUCUGCCAAUUGUAUAAAAUUCUACCUCUCAUAGACAUACAAAAAAAAAAUUAUGUAGAUAUAAACAUAUGGUCACCGGCGCCAUUUUGGUGUGCUGCAUAGGUUGACCUGAUUGGGGAAUCAUGAUGUCUGAUAUGUGGAAGAAAAAGUAGUAUGUUGAGAAAAUUAAAGAGUUGGAUGUGGAAGAAGUGUGUAUGAAGGCAGGCUGCGAAGAAGAAAAAUGAUGUAACUGGCUCAGAGAGGAUGUAAGUUUGAAGAAAAAAACAGGGAGAAGAAGAAGAAAGAGUAUAGCUAAGACCAGAACUUUUCAGUGUUAACUAAAUGCUCCCUCCAGAGAGCAUUUCUGGACCGACUAUUCACGGGGAGCUGACGCAGAAGUUAAAGGUGUUAAUGGAAAUAAAUUAACUUGAUUGUAGUAAUGGGGUAGUUUUUAUUUAAGUGAUGCAGCCGUGGCUUGGUUAGACAAGACUUGUUAGUUACAGAAGCCUAUAGCUAGCCUCUUAUUCUGAGGAAGAUCUUUUUGUCCCUUGGAUCAUGACCUCGGUAGAUCUAUAAGUCUUCUCGAUUUCUUUUUAACUUGAGUAAAUAAUUAGAGUUCUUCUAGCAGUAACUUCAAACAGCUGUAGCUUGGUUUCUGUUCUUGUGGCAUGGCUUGCACCCAUGGUUUACACCACAAUAGCAUUUUAUUACUCAGUUUUUUUGGGUCUUUUGCUGAGUGUAUCAGGGUUUUAGUAGAUGUCUAUGAUUAGUGUAAGAGAAUGUUCCAAUUCAUGGAAACACGACGUCUUCCUGAGCUUCAGAGGUUUGGACACUCGCUCCAAUUUCACAGGCCAUUUGUAUAGCGCUUUAUGUCAACAAGGCAUUAACACCUUCAUGGAUGAUGAUGAGCUCAGAAGAGGAGAAGAAAUAUCAAGCACGCUUCUCACAGCAAUUGAAGAUUCAAAGAUUUCUGUGGUUGUGUUCUCUAAAAACUAUGCCUCCUCAAAGUGGUGCUUGGAGGAACUUGUUAAGAUUCUUGACUGCAAGAAAUCAGAACAACUGGUCAUACCAGUUUUUUACAAGGUGAAUCCAUCAGAUGUACGGAAUCAUAGAGGUAGUUUCGGGGAUGCACUGGCUAACGUGGAGUGUAAAUAUAAAGAUAAUAUGGAGAAGGUCAACAGAUGGAGGGAAGCUCUUUCACAAGCAGCAAAUUUGUCAGGGUUCACUCUCUUGGACGAGAAUCAAUCUGAAUAUAAAUUUAUCCAAAACAUCAUUGAAGAGAUUUCAAAACACGUAUUAAACAGUGCGUGUUUGGAAGUGGCUGAGCAUCCAGUUGGAAUGCAAGCUCAAGUACAAGGUAUGAAUAAGCUAUUAGAUUUGGGGGGAAAUGAUGUUCGCAUGGUAGGGGUAUGGGGAACUGGUGGAAUUGGUAAGACAACAAUUGCUAAAGCUGUUUAUAAUUCAAUUGCCCACAAAUUUGAAGGUUGUUGUUUUCUGGCAAACGUUAGAGAAUGUUCAACGUCGCAUGGAGGCUUAGCCAAACUGCAAAAGACUCUUCUUUUUGAGAUUCUAAGGGGGAAAAAAUUGAAGGUGACCAAUGUUGAUAAAGGAGUCACCUUGAUAAAGGAAUGGUUGAGGCGUAGAAAGGUUCUCUUGGUUCUUGACGACGUGGAUGACAUGGAACAGUUACACAAGUUAGUUGGGGCAUGUGAUUGGUUUGGUGUAGGCAGUAGAAUUAUUAUAACAACAAGGGAUAAGCAACUGUUAACUGCUCAUGAUGUUAAUUUAAUACACGAGGUCAAGAUUUUACAUGAUCCUGAAGCUCUUGAGCUCUUGAGUUGGUAUGCCUUCAAAAGAAGUGAGCCUCCUUUGGGUGAUUAUGUAAAACUUGCAGAACGUGCAAUGCGCUAUGCUCAAGGCCUUCCUUUGGCUUUGAAAGUUCUAGGUUCUCAUCUAUAUGGUGGAAGUAUACAUAAAUGGCAAGCUGCAUUGGAUGGUUUCCAAGGCACAGAAAUUCAAGAAGUUCUCAAAAUAAGUUACAAUGCCUUGGAUGAUAGAGUGAAGAAGGUUUUCCUUGACAUCACAUGUUUCUUUAAGGGUACAAGUAGAAACUAUGUGACAGAAGCUUGUGAGCUAAACACUAGAUAUGGCAUUGAUGUACUCAUAGAAAAGGCCCUCAUAAGUGUUGAAGGAAGUUAUAUUCAGAUGCAUGACUUACUAGAAAAGAUGGGUAAGGACAUAAUCGAGCAGGAGUCGCCCACUGAACCCGGAGAACGUAGCAGAUUGUGGUUUCAUGAAGAUGUCGAGCAUGUUCUGACUAAUAACACAGGAACAAAUAAGAUCACAGGCAUCGUGUUAAAUUUCCCCAAACAAGAUAAUGAGAUAUUCUUGGAUGUUGGCACAAGCUUCUCGAAGAUGAAAAAUCUUAAAAUUCUCAUAAACUACAACGUAUGCCUUUCUGGAGACGCUAGUUCUAUCCCAAACAAUUUGAGAGUACUUGAUUGGCAUGGAUGUCCGUUCCAAUCUUUUCCAGCCAACUUUCGUCCAAAGGCACUAUUUGUGCUCAAUCUACCUUACAGCCGCAUCAAACAACUAGGGGAGGGGUUGAAGGUUUUGAGAAAGUUGACAUCUCUGAAUUUCGAGGAAUCUCAAUUCCUAAUUGAAAUCCCCGACCUAUCUAGCAGCCCAAACUUAAGAUACUGCCGUGAACUUACGAAAUUUCCAAAUAAAGUUAGGUUGAAAUCUCUGAAUUUUUUUGGUCUUUACGGUUGCAUAAAGUUGGAGAGUUUCCCAGAACUUGUAGACAAAAUGAAAUCCUUAAAUGAAUUGUUCCUUGGGAGAACUGCUAUAAAAGAGUUGCCUGCAUCAAUUGGACAUCUCAUUGGGCUGGAAAAAUUGGACAUCUCAUCUGUAAGUGUUAUAGAAAAGUUUAUGGCACCAGCUAGACAUCUCAUUUGGCUGAAAGAAUUGGGCUUAUUUGGAAGUGCUAUAAAAGAGUUGCCUUCAUCAAUUGGAAAUCUCACUACCCUGAAACAAUUAUGGUUAGGUGGAACUGCUAUACAGGAGUUGCCUUCAUCAAUUGGAAAUCUCACUACCCUGAAACAAUUAUGGUUAGGUGGAACUGCUAUACAAGAGUUGCCUUCAUCAAUUGGAAAUCUCACUGCGCUUGAAAUAUUAUAUUUAAAAGGAUGUGAAAACCUUGCAAAUCUGCCACAAAGUAUUUAUGGGUUGCAAAGUCUCGAGUCUAUUUUUCUCGAUCUAUGCCCAAAACUUGUCACACUUCCAAAUAACUUGAUCUCUGAAGUUUUAUCAAGUGCAGAAUCACUUCCUUUGGAGAGUGCAAUGUAUCAGACAUUGAUUCCUUGGAGAAUUUUUGUUGCUGGUCCCACAUAA